AUGAUCACCAGUGGCAAGCUGCUACCGUUGCUCUCCUCUACUAGCUCGCCACUCUCACAUAUCACACGCUUCAACUGCACAGGCCGAUCAUUCACCAGCACCUUUGGCGAGCAGCUGGAAGCGUGUCCCCCGCCACCACACCGGCCACCCGGAGACUGGAACAUCUUUGGCGCACUACACACCUUGGACAUCGCACUCAACUUCCCUCGCGUCAACAAUGAGGCCACCGAUCAGAUCCUGCGUCUACUGGUCGCGCAGGGCGCACACCGCAACAUGGAUACACUGACAUUGCGAGCAUUCCACAACUUCCCAUUUGACAGACUGGCGGACUUCCCAGCGAUCACCUCGCUCGGCCUCAACGUCUCGAUCUUUGGCUUUGGCGGCACGACCGACAGCAGCCAACACUCAUUCGCCGCACUCGCCGCCUAUCUCGAGAGCAAGACAACGUCGAUGCGUAGUCUGCACUUCCACUUUGCCGGCUCGAGCUUCAAGCCCACGCUCACCAUCACACCACCAGACACGGCGUUCUCGCGUGCCAUCCUCUCCUGCCAGCCCUUGCAGCACCCCACAUCCGGGCUGGCUGCGCUUCGACUGUCCGGCGUGAUCAUUGAGCGUCCAGACGCGUUCUUUUCUGGUCUCUCCAAACUUCGCUGUCUGACUAGUCUGCGGUUCGACUCGCUCGUCAACACUUCGGCUACACAGUUCAACGCUGCGUUGGCCACAUUCCUUCGCCAGAACAACACACUCGAGCGCCUCUACCUCGCCUUCCCCGCCGGCGAGCACAUCAUGAAGUUGCUGCCCAACAACACGCGCAUCUCCACUCUCUCGCUACACCCGCUGUUCAUGGUCAAGUUCAACGCGGCCCUUCGCAAGCUGGUGUUGCGCGACGUCAACCACGCCACAUUGGACGAGUUCGCCAAGAUGAACCGCGACCACGCUGGCCUGUGCUCACUUAACGUGGGCAUGUCGUCCACCACCAAGAACACCGACCUCCACUUGUUUGGCAGCAUUGUGCAGCUGAUAAUGGUGUCGGCCACCAUCACGCGACUCAAAUGGAGCGGGUUCAAUUGGAUCCAGUUCCGGCCACUGAUCACCGCGCUCCAGGGUACGCGAUCAGUCAACACACUCAAACUGGCCUUCUCUGACGAGCUGUCCGUCACUGACGACGAGGUGGACGAUCACUGUUUCCAAGACCUGGCCGCACAGAUCUCAAAGACCAUGUCCCUCGUACUCUCCAGCAUCGACACCUUUGGCGAACAACUUCAAACAGUUGCCUUCCGAUCACUCUUCCUGCCUGACCUCACCACCUGGAAGUCUCCCGAUCGCUUCCAAAUAGGCCGUAUCGAUGCCACAAGCUGUACAUUCAUACGCAAUAACUAA